CUCAUCGUCUGCGCCGCUGCACUGCAGUUGCAGUUGCAUUUGCGCGCAGACGCGUCCCAAGAGGGGGAUCAGCUGAAGAAAUUCAUCCGGUCCAGGCGGGACAGCAGUACUCGUAGUCGUAUCGACGACAAGGGCGCGUUUAAGGUGAGUAAUAACGUCGUCGGCGGCCUCCUGAGAGCAGGCGGGUACUCCGGCAGCGAGCAGAGCGCGCUGAUGAAGGCGGGCGACAAGAUCGCUGCGCUGCCGGGGCAACCGGACGGCGGCGUCGACUUCGACCAGUACAGCGGGUACGUGACCGUCGACGAGAAGAACGGCCGGGCGCUCUUCUACUACUUGGCGGAGGCGCCGCGGGGUGCCGCGUCCAAGCCGCUCCUCCUGUGGCUCAACGGAGGGCCGGGAUGCUCGUCGUUUGGCAUCGGAGCGAUGCAAGAGCUCGGCCCGUUCCGCGUAAACAGCGACAACAAGACGCUGAGCAGAAACAAGAAUGCUUGGAACAACGUGGCUAACGUGAUCUUCCUGGAAUCGCCGGCGGGUGUUGGGUUCUCCUACUCCAACACAUCCUCCGACUACGACCUCAGCGGAGACCAGAGGGCAGCGGACGACGCGUACCUGUUCCUGGUGAACUGGCUGGAGCGCUUCCCGGAGUACAAGAGCCGGCCGUUCUACAUCUCCGGGGAGAGCUACGCCGGCCAUUACGUGCCCGAGCUCGCCGCCACCAUCCUCAUCCAGAAUUCCUACGACGACGCCAAGACGGCCAUAAUAAACCUGCGGGGCAUCUUGGUUGGGAACCCACUCCUGGACUGGCGCAUGAACUUCAAGGGCCAGGUUGACUACUACUGGAGCCACGGGUUGAUGUCGGACGAGGUGUUCGCCAACAUAACCAGGCACUGCGACGACGACUCGGACUCGGACGUGGGCGCGUGCGAUGGCGCCGUGCAGGCGGUGGACGCGGGGCAGCUUGAUUACUACAACAUAUACGCUCCCGUCUGUGUUGACGCGGCCAACGGCGGGUCGUACUACCCCACCAGUGCACAGUUACCUGAUCCGUGCAGCUACCACUACACCUAUUCCUACCUCAAUGACCCGGCAGUGCAGGUUGCUCUCCACGCUAGACCAACGACCUGGUCAGGAUGCGCAAACCUGAACUGGACGGAUUCACCGGCUUCCAUGGUGCCAACGAUCUCAUGGCUAGUCGAGAACAAGUUACCGGUCUGGAUUUUUAGUGGGGAUUUUGAUACCGUGUGCCCACUACCCGCGACGAGGUACUCCAUCCGCGAUCUUAAGCUUCGCAUCACAACUCCAUGGCGUCCGUGGACAGUAAACAUGGAGGUUGGAGGGUAUGUUCAACAAUACAAGGGAGGGUUCACAUUUGCCUCUGUGAGAGGAGCUGGUCACAUGGUUCCAUCCUCCCAGCCCGAGAGAGCACUAAUAUUAUUGGAUUCCUUUCUCAAAGGGGUGCUCCCACCGUACGUACCGGAGCAGUAG